CUGUGCGUGCCACCGACGUGCUGACGUCAUGACGCGUGAACAACAAACAGUUGUUGGACUUCAACUAGCUAGCGAAUGGUAACGCCAGACAAAAACAGGUCCAGCGGACUUCUCCCGGAUAGAGAGACAGAGAGAGAGAGGGGGCGAUACAUACGAGACCUGUGCGGUCUGGAUAUCUUUAAAAUCUCUUAAUAAUUGACACUGUUCAGUACCGGCAGGUGUAGCUUCGGCACGGUUCCCAGCGCUAACGUUAGCCGCCGAAACAUGCUCGUUGCUCGGAGUGUGACGCCUUAUUUUUUUCUCCGGCUGCCGCCGCUGGUCGAGGGCUGAGAUGUGAGCUGCACCACGACACACACACAGAGAGACAGAGAGAGAGAGAGAGGGGGAGACAAGACGAGCUGCAGCCGGAAAAUAUCCUGUGUUUUCUUAACCCCCCCUCCCCAGAGAAGAAUGGACUUUGUCGGGGAUAAACAGGCGGCAGACAUGCGACCGUACCCGGGCCUGGAUGUCAUUGUUGGGCAACAACUUUAGCAACCUAGCUCCACGUUAGCUUGUUCAAAUUCAUGCAAAUGACUCUGGUUUGGUGUAAGCUCACCCUGCUAACGUAAUGGAGGCACCGUGAGUGACUUGUUCGCUUUGAAUUGACUGUCCCGGUGCUCUUUAAUACAGCUGGCGAUGUGCUGACCCGGACCGGUUUUGAGCAAUAGGACACGGUUGCUGGUUGCUUUGCUUUGCUUGGUGAUAGUUGAGCAAAGUUGCCUGUUUUUCUUUUUUGUGGGGGGGGCAUAUGAAUAAUUACUCACACACAGGUAUCACAUAUUUCUUGUGUUGAUAUUGCACUUUAAUGCGCCAAAGUCACCUGUGAUUUGAGGUUUUUUUUUGUGUGUGUGAAAUCACCCCCAGCUAUAAUUUUCUGACUGCACUAAUAAUAAAGGACCAGGAUAGGUGCACAUCUGCGUACAUUGUCGUGAGACAAAAGGCCACGGACAGGCUUUAUCCAUGUCAGUUGGUUCCUAGUUACUGUUUAACUCAAUAUCUGGGCUGUCUGGCACAGUUAAAGACGUGAGUUUCACUGGAUGAUGAAAACAUGAAUAUCGAAGAGCAGCGUCUAGAUUUGUGCAAUGUUAAGACGAAAAGCAAUGUGGACGUUGAUCACAACACUACCAACAACACAGAAGGGGUCACCCCCCGGAUCUCUGAACUGAUGAUGGACAGUAGUACGGAAAAACAAAACAUUGUUCCCACAGAGGCCUCUGAAACAUACCUGAUGCCUCAGCUCACUGACAACCUCCAGGCGGCCGAGGAAGACAACCACCAGGCACAAGACACACUGGAAAUUGAUGAGGUUAAUGGAAAUAGAAAGUGCAGCGCCCAAGACAUCCCCGCUGUAGUGAAUCCCACUGACCUGAUCUUUUCUAAUGACGAGCAGCACAAGGAUGAUAUCGGGGUGGAGAAAAUGAAGGAAGAGAAAGACACUGAACCCGCAAAGUUUGUUGCGGAAGAAGGGGACGAUGGCGGGGACAUGGACAUAGGUGUGGACCUGAGUCUCGAUGAGAGUGGGGUGUUGGAGGCUGAAUCCACAAACUCAAGGUCAUUCUCAGACAAUACUUUACAGUCCGCGUCUCAGGAUGUCCCAGCUGGCAGCACGGCGGAGAGCCCGUCAGAUCCAAGCCAGACAAGCAGCACAGAGGCUCCUGCCACGGACCAGGCUGGACUGUACCCCUCGGUGGAGGAGGGGGACGAUAAACAGAAACCAAGUGGCAAAAGGGUGACGUUUCCCUCAGAUGAGGAUAUAGUCUCUGGAGCAGUGGAGCCCAAAGACCCCUGGAGACAUGCUCAGAAUGUGACGGUGGAGGAGAUCCUAUCUUCCUACAAACAGGCCUGUCAGAAGCUCAACUGUAAACCCAUAGCCAAAGUGCUCAAGCAGAUACAGGAACUGAAAGACCUGACACAGCGAAAUGAAUGCUUAGAUUUAAAAGGUGAGAAGCUGGACUACAAAGCAUGUGAGUCUCUGGAGGAGAUUUUGAAGAGGGUCCAGUUUAAAGUGAUAGACCUGGAGCAGACCAACCUGGAUGAAGAUGGUGCAUCGGCUCUGUUUGACAUGAUCGAGUACUACGAGUCAGCCACACAUCUCAACAUCUCCUUCAACAAGCACAUUGGCACACGGGGAUGGCAGGCUGCAGCCCACAUGAUGAGAAAGACGAGCUCGCUGCAGUAUCUCGAUGCACGUAACACUCCCCUGCUGGACCACUCUGCUCCCUUUGUAGCCCGAGCACUCAGGAUCAGUGGCAGCCUGGCAGUCCUCCACCUGGAGAGUGCUGGCUUGUCUGGCAGACCGCUCAUGUUACUGGCUACGGCUCUGAAGAUGAACAUGAACCUGCGCGAGUUGUACCUGGCAGAUAACAAACUCAAUGGUCUGCAGGACUCAGCCCAACUUGGCAACUUGCUCAAGUUCAACUACAACAUUCAGAUCCUGGACCUGCGCAACAACCACAUCCUGGACUCUGGUCUGGCCUAUGUGUGUGAAGGACUAAAAGAGCAGAGGAAAGGCCUUGUCACUUUGGUGCUAUGGAACAACCAGCUCACGCACAACGGCAUGGGCUACCUCGCUGCUGCACUGCCUUGCACUCAGAGUCUGGAGACUCUGAACCUCGGCCAUAACUCAGUGGGUAACGAAGGGGUCCACAAGCUGAAAGAUGGACUGAUUGCCAACCGCUCUGUGCUCAGACUGGGCCUCGCUUCCACCAAACUCUCCUGUGAAGGAGCUGUGGCUGUGGCCGAAUUCAUCGCGGAGAGCCCCAGACUGCUGCGUCUCGACCUUCGGGAGAAUGAGAUCAAGACAGGUGGAUUGAUGGCCCUGUCGCUCGCCCUGAAAGUCAACACCUCUCUGCUGCGUCUUGACCUUGACCGGGAGCCCAAGAAAGAAACUGUGAAGAGCUUCAUUGAGACUCAGCGCGCCCUGCUGGCUGAGAUCCAGAAUGGCUGCAAGAGGAACUUCAUCCUGGCUAAGGAGAAAGAAGAAACCGAGCAGAAGAUGAGGCAGUCAGCAUCCAUGGCUGAAAUCGCCACAGAGGACGGGACCACAGAAGAAGAGGAGCAGCCGGCAUCAGAGGAGAGCGGGAAUACACCGGGGAAAGAUGGAGAAGAAGGUGAAACGACAGGGAGUGAAGGACAGAAGAGCAGCCAAUCAGAAGCAAGCUCUGAGACGAGUGUUCCUCGAAUAAACUUGGAGUCGGACUCGGACACCGAGGAUGAGGAUGAGGAGGUGGUAACAAAUUCCUCUUCCACGUCAAACUCCUCCACUCGAUUAAACCAGACUGCUCCACAAACGCAGACAGGGGUAGCACAGCCCCUCCUCAGUGCCUCACGUACGCCCUCGUCUUCAUCGGCCUCACCUGCCGGCAGGCCGGGUGUCAUUUCCGGCAUCACCGUCACAGAAUCUACGGCUCCUCCCGGCACCCCUCCAUCUCCGGGUCGCUGCAUAUCUGUCUCUAGUCCAGGGAGGGGUCAUAAGAUCUUCAUGGUGACUCGGGUGGAGAGCCCACCUGAGCAGCAGCAGCUACUACUCCAGUGGAGCGCACCUGCUAAAGAGGCCUCAAAGAAGCCUGUGGACGUGAACACACCCACAACACAGCCGACGCCCUCAUCUCAAACAACUACACUAACACAGCUGACACAGGAGGACAUGAAGGAGAGCUCACCUGCUCAGACAACAGACUGUAAACUGACAGAGCAGCAGAGUCCUGCAUCACACUUAGAGACUGCACCAAAUACCACACAGACCCACACACUAGAGCCACAGGCUGCAAGUCAACCCACAGAGGAUGUGGCAGCUAGCACUUUAGACCCAAAAGUGACUGAUCCAAGUGAACAAGCACCAGCCCUGCCUUCAGAUUCCUCAUCGGUGCAACUCACUGAGGAGGUAACAGAGAGUACUGAAGCCCCCCAGGAAGGAGAGGAAGAGGAGGAAGGUUGUAGGGAAGAUGAGGGACAGGCGAUGUCUCCUGUUAGCACAGAAGGAGAGUGUAAACAGUUAAAUGAACUGAGUCAAACUAAGACUAUCACUGCGGUAGAAACGCAGCAGCAACCGUUAACGUCUGUUCUUAAACAGCUACAGAACGAGCUAGCAUCAGCAUCAGAGGAGACCCAGUCACAGAACCAAACAAAGGAGGAAGAAGAGGAGGAGGCGGCGGCAGUCACGUCAGGCGAUGAAAAACACAGUUUAACACACGAGUACAGCCAGCCCAGCCAAGAGGAACCAUGUCCAAAGCAUCAAGCGGUGGCAGAUGAACAGGGAGUAGAGCCUGUUCUCUCUGUCCAGACUGAACAACAAGCACCAUCUGUCACUCAAAGUGGAGCUCAGGAGUCAAACCCUGCAGCAGAAGAAGCCUCAAAGAGUCCAGAAGAACCUGCCUCAACUGCGCCCAUCUCCCAGGUCGACGUGGAUGAUUCACUCGAUGAGAGCUCUGCAGACGAGGGCGAGUGCUUCGCCGAGGCUCCAGAGGAGGUCGUCGGUUCAGCUCUGCCAAACGGCCUGAAGCCCGAGUUCUCCCUCCAUCUUCUCGACACUGAAAGCCCCAAGCCCGGCAGCUGUGUGAUGGAGCACGUGAGUGUCAGCUGUGGACAAGAGCUGGAGGAGCUGCUGCUAGAAGCCAGUUUGGAGACGGGAAGAGAAGCGCCAUGAGGCUGUGAGGAGCUGUGAGUACAGGAGAAAACAGCCCUUGGAUAGUUUGUCUGGCUCUACUACAUGACUGGUUGCCCUCCAAUGUUUUUGUCAUUUCUUUGACUUUACUACCAACACAACCUUUUCAUAAAGGACAGAAGACCUGGUGUUACAGUCGAAGCUCUAUACACGAAAAUACAAGCAAAUUAUGGAAAGACGCAAGGGACAAAAUCUACUUCUGGAGCUCAGCUGUGACAAAUAAGGAAUCCUCCAUAUCCACACUACAUCAACCACUGAAACACACACACACACACACACACAUAUGCACAUUGAGUAUGAGGUAAAGAGAAAUAAAAUCACCCUGUUAUCACUACAUUUUUGUCAAUCUUUACAAACAGCCGCCUGUAAGUGAGAGAGAAGAGCGAUGUGGGACAAAGGAGGGAGGAUAAAACACUAACCAAAGACAGAACACGGACCUUUCUCUCAGCCCUACUUGCUCUCUUGUGUAGGUGUCCACUGUAGUUGAGGAAAUAACUAGCAAAUAAAGUGUUUUGUCACAACACACACACACAUACAUACAUACAAAGACGUAACGGUGAUAGUGGGGAAAAAAAAAAAAAAAAGCAGGGUUGACGGACGGCACAGUCGGAAGAUGAAAUAACGGUAACGGACCCUGCUGAGCGAACCUGCUGGCUUUAAACAGUUGUUCCAGAGGUGGAUGUAGGUCACUGUCAAAGGCUUUUAUAUCCAAGGAAGCUGAAGAUGUUAACAUGUCUGUUUAAAUGUCAACGUUUUAUGUCUGUGCCCCCCCCCCCUACUCUCCCGAUCUUUCUCCCCCUUUGGAAAAAAAAAAGAAACUAAGGGACCUCUGCCAAAGUGACCUCCUUCUUGUCUGUUUCCUGCUCCUCUGCUCACUUUGGCCCCUCAGGAAUCAGCGUCCUGCCUCCUGAUCAGACUUCUCAGAUCUGAUGUGGAGGUGUCUCCCACCGCCUGCCCCACCUGCUUUUUUGAAAGUCUGUAAUUUGCUCCCAGCUUGAAAAGCCCAGAACUUCAGCGAAUGUUGGAAAGCAAGAUGUCUGCUGAGUUAUUUACAGUUGUUGUUUGUUUUUUUCCCCCCUCUUGAUUAUCAGACACUGUCAUUACUUUACUCGACCAGUCGUUGUUACGUUAAAGAAAAGCAGCUCGGUCUCUGUCGUCCUCUUUCCUUCCUCCUGUUCCUCAGUCUUCCACUGGUACUUUGUGCCAUCUCACCUCUCCAGUUCAUCAUUCAUGUUGCCUUCAGACUCACCACUUUCAAAUUCAGUCUUUGUUUUUUUUUUUUUUGUUUGGCUGCUUUGAGAAAUCAGUUAUUUUGUAUUUAUUUUAUAGCUAUAUGAGCCUUUUUCUGAUUUAUUUUUCCCCUUAUUCAUUUUAUCUUUUCCAUUUGGGGGUUUGCUUUUAAAGAUUCGCCCCAUUUUUGAUGUAUAUUUCAGAUUCAGACUAGAGCAAAUAUUUAGUUUUGUUGUUUUUUUGAGGGAGGGGGUAAUCUGUGUUGGGAGGAAAAGGUAAAUAUGCUUGAAUGGUUGACAUAUGGUAGCAGUCGGGGUGCAUUAAUGAAAGCAAACACAAGGAAGCGGCAAACGUAAUAGUUCUCAUCAAAGUUUCAUUCUUGUCGUUUUAACACUACUCUGCUGGGUGAAGCUGAGUCCAACAGGGGGCGCUGGUGUUUGUGUUGUUCUCCUACAGCGGAUAUCAAAGUCUGAACAGCAUCAUUUACAAGACGCUGGAGGCGCUGAUGUCUCAAAUCCAACUCCUGUCCUGAAUUUUCCAGAGCAAGGCAGUAAAACUUUACAUGAAACUGUGUCAACUUGUUCGUGAAGCGCGCUGGUUUAUCCUGCUUUGAAUUUUUCCCCUGAAGCAGACACGGGCAGGUUUGCUGUUUGUUUGUUUGUGUUUUUCUUUUCCUCUUUAAAAAGGAGCAGCAUUCAAACCCCUCCUGCUCCUCUCCACCCAACAGAUAGUUUGCCCCCACUGUUUGUUAUGCUUUAAUUUUUAGAAAUUUUUAAUAAUAAUUUGUUAACUUAAUUGAAAUGUGCUGGUAAUCACAAAGAUAUGUAUGGCGAAAUUUGUUCCUCUCAAAUAAAUGCAUGUAAUGACUAA